UUCGUAAAUUCGCCAGUUCGCUUGUCAAAAAGCCGUUUGCCCUAUUGAUGGGUGUUGAGUUUUUGGUAAAAAAUUAAAUAUUUAUUCCAAUUCUUUAGAAGUCUCACCUUUUUUGUGUCUCCAAAAAUGGUUUAACUACAUUGGUACAUUACAAAAUACAUUAAGUGGCUGUGCAUCAACUCGUGUAAACAAAUCCAAAAUGUCCGUUCCAAGCACUGGUUUGAGCAAAUUGAAAAAGAAACAUAUUCGCGUGAAACAUCAAAAAGUGAAAUUGUUCCGUGCUAAUGAACCGUUACUGUCCGUUUUUAUGUGGGGUGUAAAUCACACGAUAAAUGAACUAAGCCAUGUCUCAAUACCAGUUAUGUUGCUGCCAGAUGACUUCAGGGCAUAUUCCAAGCUCAAAGUGGACAACCAUUUGUUUAACAAAGAGAAUAUGCCAUCCCAUUUCAAAGUGAAGGAAUAUUGCCCACUAGUCUUCAGAAACCUCAGGGAGAGGUUCGGUAUCGAUGACUUGGACUAUAAGGAGUCACUCACACGGUUUAGAAAGCCAGAUAACUACCUCUGUUCGAGGCGAAGGACGAAGAGACUCUCGAGCGCGCUGCGGAGGUCGGCCACAGCGCCCUCUGGUGUCGGAGAGGUGAAACCCGAUGCGGAGAGUUUAUUCCGAGACGCUAGCGCGUUCGUCAAGCGAGGCCUGACGAUUAAGCGACUGAGAUCUCAACCAAUCCCUGAUGACUCGUCGGGUAAGUCAGGCGCCAAGUUCUACCAGAGCUACGAUAGGCUGUUCAUCCUCAAGACGUUGACUUCCGAGGAGGUUGAGAGAAUGCAUUCGUUCCUUAAGCACUAUCACCCGUACAUAGUGGAGAGACACGGCAAGACGCUCCUGCCCCAGUACCUGGGCAUGUACCGGCUCACCGUGGACGGCAUCGAGCACUACCUCGUCGCCACCAGGAAUGUGUUCUCCAACCACCUCAACAUUCACAAAAAAUACGACCUGAAAGGGUCAACAGUGGACCGCGAGGCGUCGGAGAAGGAGCUAGAGAAGGAGCUGCCGACUCUGAAGGACAACGACUUCAUCAAGCAGGGCGUGAGGAUCGACAUCGGCGACGCCGCCAAGGAGAAGUUGCUGGAAACUUUGACGGCGGACGUUGAUUUCCUAACGAAGCUGCAUCUCAUGGACUAUUCGCUGCUACUGGGCGUGCACGAGUGCGGGCGAGGCGAGGCCGAGGCGGAGGCGGCGAGACAGCGCGAGGCCGAGGCGGACAGCGAGGCGGACUCGGACAGCGAUAGCGAUACUGAGAACAGACACGGAGACAGAUUUGGCUUCAACACUCCCCCGGACAGUCCGCGCGGUCUGGGCCGCCAGUCCUCGCUGCGGUACGAGGGCAUCAUACCCGAGCUAGACAUAUACGCCAUACCCAGCCACGAUGGUGCUCCAAAGAAAGAGAUAUACUUCGUUGCGUUAAUCGACGUGUUGACGCACUACGGAGUUAAAAAACAGGCAGCCAAAGCGGCGAAGACUGUAAAGUACGGCAGCAAUGUCGACGGGAUAUCAACCUGCGACCCCGAGCAGUACGGCAAACGGUUCAUAGAGUUCGUAGCGAAGGCCAUAGAGAGCAACUAGUGUAGCCCAUGUGUGACAUACGCUCCCAUUGAUGAAUACAAGCAGGUGUCAUUUUGGAGAAGUUCAUUGUGAUCAGUGAGUGAUUGAUUUGUUUUGGUAUGCUCCAUUAAAUCUGUGAUCCUAAGCAAUCCUGACAAAAGUAAAGCCUAAACCUUCGUAUGUUUAGGCUUUACUUUUCCAGUCGACUGCCUGGUUAGCUUGAAAGUUAAAGGGCGUGACUCAAACACCAAAAGGUCGUUUGACCCUUGGAACAUUGUUGUACCCAUUUGAACAUUUAAUUUGAAAGUUUAUUUGACUAAUUGGUGGGAAAAGAUAAAAAUGGGUCAUAUUAAAAAAAUACUUAAAAUAAUAUAUGUAUGUUUCAUGCCAAAACUAGGUCUUCAACGUCAAAACUAUGAAGUCAUUUUUCAGUUUUUUUUAAGCAUGCGUUGAGAUAGCCAAUCUGACAAUAGUAAACCUUCGUAUGUUUAGGCUUUACUUUUGCAGUCGACAAUGUCAAUGAAAAUUAUAAAGCCUCGAUAGCUUGAAAUUUAAAGGGCAUGACUCAAACACCAAAAAGUCAUUUGACCCUUAGAAUAUUGUUGUACCCAUUUGAACAUUUCAUUUGAAAGUUUUUAAGACUAAAUAGUACGAAAAGAUAAAAAUGGGUCAUAUUAAAAAAGUACUACUUUUUCUUUAAAAAAAAAAGAAUAUUUACAACAAAAUGUUCACGGCACGUGUCUGGCACGCUAAAUGUCUGUAGAUAUAAACGGACCUUUGAGGACGACGUUGUCGUUGGGGUUCAUAUGCUUUUCGCGAAAGAUAGCAAAACAAAUGAAUUACUCACUAUCUAUGCUGUGAUUGUUUGGAAAUGUUCAACCAUGUUACAUUUGUACGACCACUGACCGAUAUUAUAGGCUCUUUUAACUGUAAACGUAUAGUCGGACGGGUUUUUGCAAUGUCAUAAAGCAAAAACAUAUGUUUUAAAGUAAAGUUAACACACAUACAGAUAAAUAUUUUUGAUGUGUGAGUUUACCUCGUCCCCUUCAUAAAAUGACGGACAAUUUUGUUCGUGAAUUUUGGUGAGAUGCAAGUCCAUAUGUAAUUGGUCUGAGGUGCACAACCAAUGUGUGAGAGGUACGCUCUGGUUGCUUAGAAAUGUUUGACUUUGACCGAAAACGUUAAAUACGACAUUAAUUAUUUUAUAUUCGCCUUCUUAUAGCACUAUCAUUAGCACCGUUUCGGUUGUCUACAGUUUCUAUUGAAAUAGAUAAAGUGCUGUCCUUUUUCAAUAGUUCUUUGUGAAAAAGGAUACUCGUAUUUAGUUUAGUUUUUACCACAAAUGUAUUUUACGAAAUCUAUAGUAUAUUUAACAAGUAAUAAUUAUUAUAACAUUAUUUCUUGUAAUCAUCUCCUUUCCCUUAUCCCACUUAAGAGGAGUCGGAAAUUACAUUAUUUCUCAUGUAACCUUAUAAAUUAAACUGUUGUAAAGCUAUUUAUUAUAUGUAUGGUGUGCCAAUUAUAGUAUUUUUUCAUGUUCCAAUACAUAUUUAAAACUAGAAAUUGCGUAGCUUUUCUAAAAAAACAAUUGAAUAAGUAUAUUUUAAAACGAGCCUUAUGCAAAUUAUUUUUAGUCAGAGUAAUGUAUACGCAAUGUAUCUGAAUUUAUCAAAUUUUGUUAACAAUAUGAAGGUUUGUUGUUUGCAAUUUGUCUGUAACGUACCUUUAGGUAUAAUAUUAUAUUGAACAUUUAUUAUAUUAACUAUUAUUAUACCAUUUUAAUAUUUGAAACCUUCUUUGUCUUCGACGUAGUCAGGUAAAAAACAUGGCUAAAACUUUUUAAAUAAAAUCCUUUAGCUUCUCAAGUUGAAGCAUGGGAUUCUAAUAGAUUAGCUACCAUAAUAAAGUUAUACUCAUCGAUCUCCUAUUAAAAAGUGGAUGCACAAUCAGCGACCAAAAAACGUCCCCACUCAAUGAGUGCCAAACACAACUUCUUGGCACUCAAUUCAAGUAGUCGCAUUUGCAAAUUCAACCUUAAACUCAAUCCCAAAAUCAUCAAAAAACCCAAAUUCACAGCAAAUUCAACCUUAAAUUGAAUUUGCUGUGAAUUUGGGUUAUUUUUUGAAUAUUGGACUAUGUUUAAAGGUCAUUAGGUAUAAUUUUCUUUACCAAUAAUUCCAAAACUGCCAAAGCAAAAUUGGCCAGUUUUCAAGUGACAUUUUCUACAUGAUUGUGUGUCCUUUAAUUAUAAGAGGUCAAAAGGUUAUACUGCAUGAAAUUAACCAUUAUCAAAAAAUUAUGUGUUAUAAGUAAUUAUUAUUAUAUUGUAUAAGUAAAUAAUAUAUAAUUUCAGUUGCUAUGUUAUUUUAUUUAUUUUGUUAGAAGAUGACAACAAAUUAUACGAAAUUAAUAGUGUCUAGUGACGUGACCAUUGAGAAGUAUGACGUCGAUGCUCUGAGAGCACGUUUUUUUUUAAACAUCCUGGUACUCUUUCCAACUUUUAAAAAAUGGCACAGACUUAAAGUGCGCCAUAAAAGAGUAGAAGUUAAUAAAAAUGGAACUAAUAAACUCACUGUGUGGCAACACAACAUUUACUGUCAUUAUCACAAAAAUCUGUUACUAUAGAUAUAGAGCAACCAAUCAUUAUUGAUAGUUUUAUCAGAUUAUUAAAAUAACAAUGGAAAUUCGAUCAAAAAAUUGAGUAUCAGAUUGUAAAUAAAUUUUUCAACAGACACCUACGAAAUACCUUUUUUUCCGCUGUUAUGAAAAGAGAAACACGGUGUAAAAUUCCUGGCGCCAUGUUUUUUUUGUGAUAUGCGUGUUUUUCAUAUUUCCCUAUUUAUGAAUUGUUUAUUAUUAUUGAAUCGUACACAAGUUUCUGUGAAUAUGUCUCAAUGAGUCUUAACUUCUUUGGCGUAUUGAUGGAAAAGUUAUUUGAAAUGUAUUUGCAAAAUUUUAUUUUUGUAUUAUUUUACAUACUGUGUACAUGAAUUUUUGAUUAAAGCUGUGAAUUCCAUGGAAUGUAGGUAACAUGUUUUAAAAGUUUUUAAAUCGAGAAAUAAUAUCGGUGGAAGUGAAAACGUAAUGAUAAUAAGAGCUAUGUUAUUCCCAAAGUUGUGGUCAAUUUAAGGAUCCGAGUAUACCAAGUAUCAAGCAUUUAUCGUACGGAUAAUUAUCGUUCUUAUUCAGUUGGAAUAGAGUUGUAAAUUGUAUGCAAGUUUGAAACGUUUUGUCUUGCAUAUAAUUUACAAUUAUUUAUGUAAUAAUAUGAAAAUGAUAGCGAAGCAAGCUUGUCUGCUAUCCUUAAAGGCUCAUUUUCAUUAAUUAAUUCAAUUGUUAGUCAGAAUUCAUGUAGUUCGAAUCAGUAAAAAAUCAGAAUAGUAAAAUGUAAUCCACAAUAUUUAAUGUUCUCACACUCGAAACCAAAAAAAAAACAUAUUACAUCUUUUGUGGUAUGUAUGUAUAACAAACAUUUUAAUACCAAUUUUACUUUGUGGUGAAAGAGUUAGUGAUAAAUCAAAAACUCGAAAUAUUUUUUCAAUCUAAAAUGAGGGGCCUUGUCGAAAUUAACACGUUCGCUGCGGCACAGAUUUUUCUGUGCGGUACGUGGUCCAUCGACCUUGUAACUCUUGAAGACACUAGACUUGCGAGGUCAAUUGACCUUGUACCGCAGCGAACGUGUUAAAUCAAAUCAAAAAUCAAAAUUAGUUGGGAAACCCAAUAGAUAUUGCCUCCAAGGCACGCUCCGCCACUAGUUUGAAUACAUACAUUUUACUGUUUGCAUGCGGCCCCUUAUGAAAUAAUGGAAACAGUUUUUGCAUGCCUUCGUAUGGGAUGCAUAUGCAAUAUGCAUGUUAAUGAAAAUGAGCCAUAAGUAAUUUUAAUAUUUGAACUGAUAUUAAGAUAAAAAAUAAUAAUAAGGGUUACCCUUAAACACGAAGCACACAAUUUUGCAAUAAUUUCCAAAUCUCGUUAACUAGCCUUUAUAAUGUUCCGCUAUCGUAGACUAGUUCGUAAUGGAAAUUGAAAAAUUAAUUAAUUAAUUAAUUAUAUUGUUAAAAAAAGUAUAUCAUUGUAAUAAAAGUUUUGAAAGUUAAAUUUAACAAUUAAAGUUAAUAAAUAUUAAUUACUUGCUAAAACUCGGUGUAAAGUUUGAUAAACGAGUAAUGGUUAGCGCACAUUUAGACAUACGAAACUUAGUAUGUGGAGUACUUUUUUUUUUGUUGGUGAUAUGUCAUUCUUUUUAAUCGAUUAUUAUUUGUUCACACCUUGAUUAUAUUAAUGUAUUUAAUGUUGAUUGAAAAAUCCUCACAUUAAUAUUUUAAAGGAAAGUUUGCUUGAAAAUUUGCAUAUUUGUUAACUAUUACCGCAACUACUGAGCCCGAUAUUUGGUGAAAUUUAUCCGUAGAAUGGAUAUAGUUUAUAGUUAGCCUUAAUUAACUUAAGCUUCUGUUUUUUCAAAUAGUAGCAUAUGUCCCCAUGAGUUAAUACAGGUUAUAAAUUAUUGUCAUUCUAUAUUCCAGCCAAAUCGGUUCAGUAAUUGCAGCGCGAAGGAGAAUUUAACGGAUACGCACUUUUACACAGACCUACAGACUUUCGCCUUUAUAAUAUUAGUAUGAUAUUUUAGACGUGCAAGUCUCUCAAAAUGUGCGCCAAUCAUAAGGCUGUUUUUAUAGGCAAUUGUAAUUAAAUACGUUGCACCCAAAUCUGACGGAUUUGCCGUGUAUUUCGUAACUUUGCCAAUAAUAUAAUAAUAAAUAUAAAUAAUUUGCUUAGUUUCUGUCUAGUGUAGCGUUAAAAACACUAUAUUGUAAGAUUUUGUUAUUUAUUAUUCUAUAAUCGAUGGUUUGUUCUAGUUCGUACCGAGUAUGGGACUUGUUUAAGCCCCAAUGUUCUGAGCCGAAAUAUUGGUAAAUUAUUGUACCCUGGUGAGAUCAGAGACCAAAGAUCGAGUUUUUGUAGUGUCCAUGACUAAAUCCAAGCGUAGUUUGUAAGUGCGACCCUUAUUCAUAGACAAUACUGUUUCUAACCUGCAUUUGGGAAGCUCAAAGCAUAGGCCAUUCGUGCUAUCUCAAGGUUAAAUAUAAAUAUACAAUAAAGUUCAGUUAUUAUACUAUAGUCGGAGGAUUAAUUCCUGCCAGUAAAAUGACAAUUUCAACUGUCACUAGAAUGUCAUUUUACUAUGACAAGUGCAACUGUCACUGAAAUAUUAUUUUACUAGUAAAAUGACAUUCCAGUGACAGUCGCACUUGUCAUUUUACUGACUGGAUAUUAUCUGAACUUUGUUGACCUUGAGCCCUGAUUUUUUUUUAAUAACAGGCUUAAUAACGGCUGUAGGUUCUUGGUCUAAAAGCCUUUGUUUGUGAUGUUUAGGACAUUACACAAGCCCAUGGUUAAUUUACUCACCGGGUUAAAAAUGUAACAGAAACGCCCAUAUUCGGUGUGUUCUAUUACAAACCGUCUCUAACGGUUUUAAGACUUGGAUUGUUACGGUGGUAUUGUGAUUUAUUAUUCUAUAUGAAAGCUGACGACGGAGUAUAUUGGUAUUGUAUGUAAUCCAUAAUUGUUGAGACGGUAUUAUCAUUUAGUUAUUUUUAUUGUUUGUAUGUAAUAAAAUUGUAUUUUAUCCUAUUUGUAAAUUUGUUUCGGAAUUACGUAUUACAUGGACACUUUGAAUAGUAAAGCCUCGGAGGAGGGGAUGUCAUCUUCGAUUUUGCAUAUCUAAUAUAAUGGGAAUGCCCUCUUUACAAAACAAUAUUGUAUGAAAAUUUUAAAAGUGCUUAUAAAACUUUUUUGAAUUAUUCUUUCCUCAAUAAAUACGUCGCUAUUUUGGCUUUACUAUUUCAAAAAUUAUAUUCAUAAAUAUAAAAAAAAAUUCUCAAAAUUUUCACCCUUCUCAAAGAUAGCUUUUUUGUGAUAGUUGUUUACUUUUAGAAUAUAAUUUUGCUCUAAGUAAGAUAUAUAGCACUUUAUUCCGUUUUAAAUCAAAUUGUUGUCCAAAAUUUUUACCUACCUAUGUAAUGCACAUUUCAACACACAAAUAAUUUAAAUUGUGAUUCAAGCUCACGGUGGUGUGUGUAUGUAUUUGUGACGUAAAUUGUCUGUGACUUUUUAUAAAUUUUGAUGUCUAUGAUUUCUGAACAACGUGUUAAAACGCCCAUUAUCGAUGGUUUUUGUACAACGCAGUUGAAUAAGUAAAUUGAAAAGUCAGGGUCAGGAAUAAAGAUUGACAGGCAAUUAAGGUGAAUACGUGACAUUUAUUUCUAAAGACCAUCCAUGGAUUGCUAAGAUAUUUGUCUCUCUUUUGUUAAAUGGAUGUAAAAAACAUUAGUGUUAACUCUCACAGUAUUUUCUAGAUUCGUCAUCUUCCACUAUGUAAUCAAAUGUCAAAGCUUUAAUACACCAAGUAUUAAAACUCACAAGCGUUUGACUAUAUUUGAAAAUGACUGAUUUACUUACUUGAUAGUGUUGUAAAGUUGGAAAGUCCUGUGAGAGUUAACAUAUGUUUACUAAAUCCAUUCACACGUACUGAGUUGAGAAAAAAUUCGCAUUUUGGUGCUAGAUGAAAGCAACACAAGUGAUAAACUAAACUAAAUUGAAUAACCAUGCUUAAAGCGCUAGAAAAGCUAGAAGCCAGAGCAUAUUUGACAUUUAAAUUAAAAAAAAAUAACAACCACGUUUCAAUAGCGUUCUAAUCCCAAACGGUCUCACUCAAAUCAGUGUGACUUGCUAUUUUUCCAACUACUAAAGUGCUGUCCUUUUCCCAGUGUUACCAGAAAGUAACAGCUGUGUCUGACAGGUUGUGAUCGAAUGGGACAAACAUUCAAUUACAAUUGCCUUAGUAUUUUGUCUCAUCACUACAAAGACAAACAGUUGGCAUAACCUUGAAACAGCGCAGUUCAACAACCUUGUACGAAGUUACAUCGCCCGAUUCGAUCACGACCUGUCAGAAACGCAAUCUUUAAACGGCUGGACUUUAGUUUAUUUUACUACUUUGUGUAGUUUGUCUACUUUGGAAGUAUUGUUAGACUUUGGAUGCAGUUAGCGUUGCCAGGCGUCCGGAUAAAGCCGGACAUAGUUGGCCUUUUAGAUUGCGUGUCCGGCCAAAACAAUUUUUACAUUUCUAGAACUCAAUUUUUACUAAUAACUUUGUUUGAAUUAUUAAUAACUAUUAAUACCCGAAAAAUUAGUAAAAGUGGUUCGAUUUUAUUUAUAUUUUAUUAGAAUUUAACAAUAUUUAAGUAUAAUAAUAGUCAAAAAGCUUAUUUUACAGAGACACAAUAUCCUCAAUAAUGUGUCCGUACGAGAGUGUCCGGCCUUUUCAUCCCAAUGUCCGGCCAAGCUCUAGUAGUCUUUUGAAAAUUCAUUUAUUUCAAGUAGGCUCAGUUUACAAGCACUUUCCGGCUAUUGGAUUUAGUGACCUGGCAACCCUAGAUGCAGUGGUAAGGUGUAACAAGCGUUUGACAGUGACAGGUGUGUAAAUCUGAAGAAAUCUUCUCUAGCGAAACGAACCUUCUUUAUUAGACAAACUAACACUUGUCUGUCACCUAAACACUAAAUCCAAACCCAAACAUACUUUCAAAAAUAGAUUUAAUAGAUUUUACACAGUCAGAUUCAUCGAAUGGGCAUAUAUCGGUCACGAACAAUCUUUAAUUUCAUAUUAAUAUGUGUUGCCAUUGUUUAGGUCGAUAAAUAAUUUGUAAUUUAAUGUUACAAUUUGUAUAAUAGGUUAUUUACUUUGUUUACGGUGAGGGAGCUAAAGCCUAUAUUUACGGGCGUAUACCUAAUAUUUAUUAUUGACUAACUUAGAGUAAAGGAAAAGGAUAAACGGAAAGUUUAUUGUCCCACUUGGCCUGGAUUCUCUUUGUUUAACAUUUAAUGGUAAGACUAAAAACACACAAAUGAAAACAUUUCACAUAUUCUAUAUUGUAUUCAUAUCAUAAAAUAUCAUAGUAAUAAAAAUAUAUAUUUGUAUUGUAAGAUGUUACUCACAACUAUUAUAUUGAUAACGACAAUUCCUUCUCUUUAUUACGAUUAUUCAUUCCAGUCAGUAAAAUGACAAGUGCAACUGUCACUGAAAUGUCAUUUUACUGACUGGAAUUAAUAAUCGUAAUAUAUUAGUGUGCUUUAGUAAUUUUCGGCAGGAAUACUUUUAAAAAUAACUGCGAGGACAACAAACGCUAAGUUAGUUUUAGAAGAAGUAAAAUCACUUAAUAUCCACAACUGAAUUUAGAAGCUCCUCCUUUUCAGAAGUCGGUUAAAAUAACUGGUUUCGGAAACUAUUAAAUUGGACUUGCUGAUAUUGUUUGUAUGUUAAACAAAUUGUCAGUUUAGUGUUGUGUUGUCUAUCUUUUUCCUUUACUCUAUGGCAAAUAAUACCGAUGCUUUCGCUAAAUAUUUGGCAUUUGUAUGCGACACGAUUGAAAUGUUAAUUCUCUAGUCUCCUUACUCUUUGUAAAGACAUGUGUAUGAAAAAAAUAAUAAAAACUUUAGUUUUUUAAAUAUUCGGUUUAUAAUGUUUCUGCA